CCCGGCCCCCCCCGGGGCGGCGGCGGGGCCAGUGGGCGGGGGCCGGGCGGAGCGGGGCGCACGGCUCGGCACGGCACGGCACGGCUCGGCUCCGCUCUCCCGCCAUGGCAUCCAAGUGCCCCAAGUGCGACAAGACCGUGUAUUUCGCGGAGAAGGUGUCCUCCCUGGGCAAGGACUGGCACAAGUUCUGCCUGAAGUGCGAGCGCUGCAACAAGACCCUGACCCCGGGUGGGCACGCCGAGCACGAUGGGAAACCCUUCUGCCACAAGCCCUGCUACGCCACGCUGUUUGGUCCUAAAGGGGUGAACAUUGGUGGGGCCGGGUCCUACAUCUAUGAGAAGCCACAGAUCGAGGGGCAGACGGCUCCGGGACCCAUCGAGCACCCGGUGAAGGUGGAGGAGAGGAAGGUGAACUCUGCACCUCCCAAGGGACCCAGCAAAGCCUCCAGUGUCACCACCUUCACCGGGGAGCCCAACAUGUGUCCACGCUGCGGCAAGAGAGUCUACUUUGCUGAGAAGGUGACUUCGCUGGGGAAGGACUGGCACCGUCCCUGCCUACGCUGCGAGCGCUGCAGCAAGACGCUGACCCCGGGGGGCCACGCCGAGCACGAUGGACAGCCGUACUGCCACAAGCCCUGCUACGGGAUCCUCUUCGGGCCAAAGGGCGUGAACACCGGAGCUGUGGGAAGCUACAUCUACGACAAAGACCCCGAGGCAAAGAACCAGCCCUAGACAGCGUCCCCCUGCCCGCCCGCCUGCCUGCUCUGUGCCCCCGUACUAACCUGCUCACGGCCGGAGCAGACCUUCGCCAGGCUGGCCAUGGAGCUGUGCUCUCUCUGCUGUCUCUACUUCGGGCAGGACGGCCUUGCCCUCCCCCAGGUUAUAUAUCAUAGUCUCUAAUAUAAGCUUCAGUGUUUAAAGGCAAAGGUAGAAGGUGUCUCUGGUAGUUCCCAAUGCGCUCUGCCCACCCCAGCCCUCCCCACCGGCCCCCCCCGAGUGCGGGAGGCAGCGGGGCGGGUGUGGGGAUGUCACCAUGUGCAGGGGACGGACGGUGGCACCCGAAGGGGCUGAGAGUGGGGGGGAAGGUGAUGGCAGGAGUCCCACCACGGGCGGGUGCUCCCUGCUUUCCCCCCACACACACACGGUGGGUGAUAGAGUCAGGCAGGCAUCCCACGGCACUGGGGGCUGGUGGUCAGGGCACCCAGUCCUGUUCCUCACCAGCUGCUGGGGAUGGUGUGGGUCCCCUGAGGGCUCUGGCCCAUCUGGCAGCGCUGCCCUUCUCCUGGCCCUUCCUGCCCUGGCUCUCGCUCUCCCCGGGGCCGGGGUUGCAGUGUCUGGCAUCACACUGCAUCCCCAUCCUUGCUCCCCUAGGGCAUCCCCGUACGUUCACCCGGGCAGGUGCCCAACCGGCUCUGACAGCUGGUUUGGGUUGGUGGUGUGUCCCCCCUCUCCCAGCCUGGUCCCCCCACGGUGGAGGAGCCUGUGCUGGGGGCGGGGGGUACCUGGUGGCCACAGCCCUGGGGGAGCGAGCUGCUCCCCCAUCUUUGGAGGGCAGAGCGCAUUGGGCUGGGGGCUCGGCAGUGGGACUCCCGCCUGCUUCCCAGAGCCAGAGGUUUCUCAGUGUUGUUGUUUAUUUAUAAGCAGUUGUAAAUGUUCCCCUCGCUUUGGAGAAUGACAUGUGCCCCCCCAGUCUCACCCAUCCCCCCCGUGCACUCCCAGCCCCACUGCUGCCCAGGAGGCCAAGGAGGGGGCUGGUGCAGGGGACCCCCUGGGGCGGUGAGCCCUGGGGUGCCAGCACCCUGCUCUCUCUAGGCUUCCUGUGCUGCUGCGGGGCUGACUUUUGUUAUUUGCUGACAAUAAAGGUUUUGAGAGA